AUACGCUCCGCUUUGUGGCUCAAUCAUUGCUGGUCUGCUGGUUCAAAUAAUUGACUCGAGAAAGUGGGAGAGGAGACACACAAUGGAGCAGAGAACAAGACGGACGCAGCGCGCAGAGAUUUAUCCGCUUUGCUGAGAUAGUGAGGAGCCCAUCACGACGCGGUUUGAGCCUGCGUCGUGUCUUCGUGAGUCGUUUCUACAGGUGAAAUCAAUUGUAUCCGAACUCCUGGCGGAACCGCGAUAGAGGUCAUCAUGCCUCCCACAACUCCAUAUGCUGGGAAAUUCAGCUCCUGCUCUGUCUACAACAACAACAACCACCACCCGCAGCCUCAGAGCCCAUACCACAGCAACACAGCGCCGAAACCAUCAAGAGAGCACAUCCACAACGGCGUCUACCCUGCAGCAGAGAACCCCUACGAUGUGCCGCAGCCGCACCACUCGUAUCGCAGUUCCUCCCUCUCCUCCAUGACCUCAAAAGAGCACCACUACAGCAGUAGCUGCGUGGUUUCGGAGAACCCUUAUUCCCCACAGCAUCAGCCUCACAGCCCCCGCCAGCACAGCACGUCAUGUCCGGGCAGAGCUCACCGCCACUCCAGCCACGGGGAGCAUUCCUGCCGGAACAAUUCGGCCUCCGUGAAGAGCCGACUUUAUGGACAGGGCAUCACUGCCAGCUAUGGGGAAAUGUGUUACCAUGACAACAGUUUAGUUUCUGCAUCUCUGGAGGCAUUGAUUCAGCACCUAGUUCCAACGGUGGACUACUACCCUGAUAGGUCAUACGUGUUCACCUUCCUGUUGAGCUCACGCCUCUUCCUUCACCCGUACGAGCUCAUGACCCGCGUAUGUCACCUGUGUGUGGAGCAGCAGCGGUCUGGAGAUGUCCUUCUGGACAAGAUCCGCUUCCGUGAGGUGGCGCCCAAACUGGUCCAGCUGCUGACUGAGUGGACGGAGACGUUUCCAUACGACUUCCGGGAUGAGAGAAUGAUGCGCUGCCUGAAGGACAUGACACAACAUGUGGCUCGGGGCGAUGAGUACUCUUGGCGGGCCAUGCAGCAGAUGACCCAGCGUCUCAUUAAGCGCCUGUCCGCUCUCGGUCAGUACGAGGAGGCUGUGGCGGCACUCAACGCCGUGGCUGAGGAGCGGCCGACCUCGCUGAAAAACAAGCAGGCCGCUGUUCAAAGAAGUGACAUACUGAGCGUGUGUGAUGACGCCUUCAUUCUCGCCCAGCAGCUAACUCACGUUGAACUGGACAGACUGAGCUUUAUCGGCCCUGAAGAGUUCAUCCAGACAUUCGCCUUGAAGGAUCCCAUGGAAAACCACAAGGGUUUCUUCCGGAAGCGUAAAACCAGCAACCUUGAGGCUUACAUCAGUUGGUUCAACCGGCUCAGCUUCCUGGUUGCCACUGAGAUCUGCAUGCCAGCAAAGAAGAAGCAGAGAGCACGGAUCAUCGAGUUCUUCAUCGACGUAGCCCAGGAGUGCUUCAACAUCGGCAACUUCAACUCCCUCAUGGCUAUCAUUACGGGAAUGAACAUGAAUCCAGUUUCCAGACUGAAGAAGACCUGGAGCAAAGUCAACACUGACAAGUUUGAAAUCCUGGAGCACCAGAUGGACCCAUCCAGUAACUUCAGUAAUUACCGCACAGCGCUCCGUGGCGCCACCCAGAGGUCUGAGACUGCACACAGCAGCCAGGAGAAGAUUGUGAUUCCCUUCUUCAGUCUUCUUAUCAAAGACAUCUACUUCCUGAAUGAAGGCUGUGCCAGCCGGCUGCCAAACGGACACAUCAACUUUGAGAAACUGUGGGAGCUUGCAAAGCAGGUGAGCGAGUUCCUUGUUUGGCGUCAGGUCAUUUGCCCGUUUGACAGAGACCGCCGCGUCCUUCAGUAUCUCGUCACCACCCCCGUCCUCACCGAAGACGAGCUGCAUCUGGCUUCGUUUGAGAGCGAAGGGCCUGAGAACAACAUGGAGAAGGACAGUCGGAGGUCUCUGAGAUCUUCGCUUCUUCAUCGAGAAAAUCGCUCCUAAACAAGACUCUCUCCUCUGUUUUGACCUGGUGUAAAUAAAAGAUGCUUAAAUGUG